UGCACUGGUUAUCAAUCUCUACCUGAGACAUCUAGGGGCCCUCCUCCCAGGAGCACACUGCUCAGUGGGGGUUGAGUCAUCUCUCCACCCCCACCCAUUUAGGAAUUUUUCUAGUUUCACUUUCAUUGUCUUAAGAAUUGCUCUAUUAAAGAGCUAACGCAGCCUCACAAAUUCUCUGGGGAAAAUCUGGAGCUUUCUGGAUUACUACUGACAAGGUCUGCCACAGCGCCUGUGAGAGAGGGCUGAGCCCGCUGCAGCCAGACUCUGAAGCAAACCUGUCAGACUUUGAAAGGCUGCUUCUUCUCUAAAGGAUUUCCCUUCAGAGCCAAAAACCGCCCUGGAUAUGGCCUCAGAGAUCCACAUGUUGGAACCCAUAUGCCUCAUUGAGAACACUGAGGCUCAACUAGUGAUCAACCAGGAGGCUCUGAGGAUCCUGUCUAGCAUCAACCAGCCUCUGGUCGUGGUGGCGAUCGUGGGUCUCUACCGCACAGGCAAAUCCUACCUGAUGAACAAGCUGGCUGGGAAGCGAACAGGCUUCUCCCUGGGCUCCACUGUGCAGUCUCACACCAAGGGCAUCUGGAUGUGGUGUGUGCCCCACCCAAAGAAGGCGGGGCAAACCCUGGUUCUGCUUGACACUGAGGGCCUGGAAGAUGUUGAGAAGGGUGACAACCAGAACGACUGCUGGAUCUUUGCCUUGGCAGUCCUCCUCAGCAGCACCUUCAUCUACAACAGCAUAGGAACCAUCAACCAGCAGGCCAUGGACCAGCUGCACUAUGUGACAGAGCUGACUGAUCUUAUCAAGUCAAAGUCAUCCCCUGAUCAGAGUGGGAUAGAAGAUUCUGCUAACUUUGUGGGUUUCUUUCCGACUUUCGUGUGGGCUCUGAGAGAUUUCUCCCUGGAGCUGGAAGUUAAUGGAAAACCUAUCACUGCUGAUGAGUACCUGGAGCAUUCAUUGACCCUGAAAAAAGGAGCUGAUAAGAAAACUAAAAACUUUAAUGAGCCUCGACUGUGUAUCAGGAAGUUCUUUCCAAAGAGGAAGUGCUUCAUCUUUGACCGACCCGCUCAGAGGAAGCAACUUAGCAUACUGGAGACUCUGCCAGAGAAGGAGCUGUGUCGUGAAUUUGUAGAACAAGUUGAAGAAUUCACUUCAUACAUCUUCAGCUACUCUGCUGUCAAGACUCUGUCUGGUGGGAUCAUAGUCAACGGGCCACGUCUAAAGAGCCUGGUGCAGACCUAUGUCAGUGCUAUCUGCAGUGGGUCUCUCCCCUGCAUGGAGAACGCUGUGCUGACUUUGGCCCAGAUAGAGAACUCAGCUGCAGUGCAAAAGGCCUUAACCUACUAUGAAGAACAGAUGAAUCAGAAGCUCCAGAUGCCCACAGAAACCCUCCAGGAGCUGCUGGACCUGCAUAGGCCAAUUGAGAGUGAGGCUAUUGACGUCUUCCUGAAGAAUUCUUUCAAGGAUGUAGACCAAAAGUUCCAGACAGAAUUAGGGAACCUGCUUGUGGCAAAGCGAGAUGCCUUUGUUAAGAAGAACUUGGACGUCUCAUCAGCUCGUUGCUCAGACUUGCUGGACGAUAUCUUUGGACCUCUGGAAGAAGAAGUAAAACAAGGAACAUUUUCUAAACCUGGAGGUUAUUACCUCUUCCUUCAGAUGAAGAAAGAGCUAGAAAAAAAGUAUAACCAGGCUCCUGGGAAGGGGCUCCAGGCAGAAGCGAUGCUGAAAAAGUACUUUGAGUCCAAGGAAGAUGUUGUUGAAACCCUUCUAAAGACGGAUCAGUCACUCACAGAGGCAGCAAAGGAGGUCGAAGAGGAACGUAUAAAGGCUGAAGCUGCUGAAGCUGCAAACAGAGAGUUAGAAGACAAGCAGAAGAAGUUUGAGCUGAUGAUGCGGGAGAAGGAACAGAGCUACCAGGAGCACGUGAGACAGCUCACUGAGAAGAUGAAGGAGGAACGAAAAAUGUUUAUAGAAGAACAGGACAGGAUCAUAGCUGCUAAACUUCGGGAACAGGAAAAAUUUCUCAAGGAAGGAUUCGAGAAUGAGAGCAGAAAACUUCGUCGAGAGAUUGACCACGUGAAAAAUCAAUCGUCUGGGAAAUGCACCAUACUCUGAAGGCCUGAGGCCCAAGCCUCUCUGCCAAGCUCUCUUCAUCACACACUACGUUGCCUGAGCACCUUCAGGCUUUGAAACAACUGUUAUGAAGCUAGAUUCACCGCAGCUCAAAGUCAGUCAUGUGCACUCCGGUUAGGGUUCACUGUCUGACCACUGCACAACAUCAGAGGAGCUUCCUCUGUGUGCAGAAUGCAUGGAUGAGUGGAGGUCCAGUCAUCUGUGUUUUAGAGAUGCUCUUGGCCUGCAUCAUGCCCAGCCACAUGUUUCUCCUGUAUAGUCUUAAGUUUUCCUCUUUCCUACAAUAUAGCUUCUGCAAUCACAGAGCAGGCGACUUUUAACUAACUUGCAAAAACUAAUUCCCUUUCAUUUCUCUGAGGACUUUGACGUUUUGCUACAGUCAUUCAAAACUUAAAUGCCAUCUUCAUUUUUCCUUUUAUCUCCCCAAUGUGACAACAUGCCUUGAAAUUUCUCAGGACAAAUGUCUUGCAAGAGCACGAGUUAAUAAAAAUGAUUAGCCCACUGUAA